AUGACAUCAAAUUGUACUGGGGAGGGUAGGAGUACAAUAGGUAUUGAUCGGACAUUUAACUUGGGAAAGUGUUUUGUAACAACAAUGACAUAUAAAAACCAGGGGGUUGUUCAAACAAAAACAGGGGAAAAUCCAAUCAUGCUAAGAUAUCUAGAAAAGACAGGAACUCCUGAAACAGAAAGAAAGAGAAUCAUUAAAAUUAUUUUUGGAACGGAUGGCCUUGCCUUUACGAAAAAUGAUGAUGAAUAUUUAACACGACGGGUCGAUUUGGAACCAUAUUUGGCACAAAAUUCACAGUUUGAUAAGUAUUGGACCAGGUAUCUCGAACACAAAAUUAAGGCAUAUGUCAUAGCGCCUCUUCGACAGGGCACAAUAGAACAUUUAUGGACCAAUAACAACUCGGAGUCCAUGAACAAUCGCAUUAAACAAGCAGCAGACUUCAAACAACAUAAACUUCCGGAUUUUUAA